CAAAAUCCCAUCCAGCGAAAGAAAAUCCCCAAAUCCUUUCUUCCACUUCGACGGAGCAGAGCAACCCGGCGGAGAUGUCCGGCAGAGGCAAGGGCGGCAAGGGGCUGGGCAAGGGCGGCGCCAAGCGCCACCGCAAGGUGCUGCGGGACAACAUCCAGGGCAUCACCAAGCCGGCCAUCCGGCGCCUGGCGCGGCGCGGCGGCGUGAAGCGCAUCUCCGGGCUCAUCUACGAGGAGACCCGCGGCGUGCUCAAGAUCUUCCUCGAGAACGUCAUCCGCGACGCCGUCACCUACACCGAGCACGCGCGCCGCAAGACCGUCACCGCCAUGGACGUCGUCUACGCGCUCAAGCGCCAGGGCCGCACCCUCUACGGCUUCGGCGGUUAGGAGAUGUUAGGCUUGUGUAAUUCGUGGAUCUGAGAAUCGCUGUGCUUGUGGGAGGGAGUUGUGUGGGUCAAUGUAAUUCUUGCUAUGAAGAAAUGGUACCGAGAUUGGCUCUGUUCAGUUACUAUAA